UUCUCUAGUUCGUCCUGAUCGUUCUCUGGUUGCAAAUAUCACUAGAUCGGUAAUUAUUACAAUACUUUUUUACCUUUUAUAGAUUUUGUAAUUCUCGAAUAAUACGAGCAUGAUGUUAAUGAAUGUUCUCAUUUUUGAGUUUUUAAUAUUUGAGGUGGGUUAUUCAUUGACAUGCUACCAAGGUUUCAAUGUAUCUCUGGCAGGAGUACCACUUUCUCGCUGGGAAAAACAUGAAUGCGAGAAAAACAGCAUAUGCCUCAUACAAGAGUUUUCAAUCAACAUACGUAGAACUAAACUGCAGGCGACAACGAAUUAGUGUAUGAUAUAUUUUAACGCUAGUACGUUGAAUGGGAGCUAAGAUAAAAUUUGAUUUUCUUUGCAAUUCAAGCAUUUACUACUAAAUUAACGCAACCAAAUUUUAACAUCUUGCCAAACAAAUCAAAACUCUUACCACGAGCGGUCAUCAUGAUGGUUCGAAUGGCGGAGUACCUCUACGAAUUGUUUAUAUUCCUUCAUUUCGUGUUUCAAUGAUUUAGUUGCAAUGAGGUAUGGUGGUUGCGUAAAAGAAGAAUACUCGGAUGACUGGACCUGUCAGCAAAUAUUUGGCCCUGACAGCACUCUGGAUGUCGACGAUUAUAUGGACGGCCUUCGAGCUUUGGAUGAUCCAUUCAUAGUUACGCUGGCUGGUUUAAAGGCGGAAUUAUCAUCGAUGCUUCUUAUCGAAGAUGCAGAUGAAAUCAUAAACGAAUUCGUCGUAUUUUUUGGAAACAUUGGAUUCGAGAAAAAAAGAUUUGAAGCCCCUUUAAUAAAACUUGCACGAGAUCCAAUAAAUCUGAAUAAUCUAGUAGACUUUGUCAAAAGUCUGCUCGUGGACAACGAAUUAACUCGGAGAUUAUUUCAUGCCACAUCUAAGUUUCUCAAUUCAGUUUAUGAAACCUAGAAAGAAAGCGAGACUUCAAAUAUAAUUUUGAACUUAAUGAAAUACGGUUGUGGCUUAGUAUAUCCGAUUGCUAAUUAUGUAUUUCCCAAAUCUGACGUAGAUAGUGUUUAUGACGCUGUUGCAAGAGGGCUUGAAUCGACUCAAAGUGGACCAGUGGACGAUCUAUCGGAACUACAGGUUGAGGGUUUGAUGUGGUAUCUACAUUUGCUACAUAUGCAAGUCGUUCAACACGAUCCAACUAAAAGCAAACCAAUUUAUCAGGCAGUGGCGAAGAUAUUCGACGAUUACAAAAAGAUGUAUCCCGAGUUUGUAUUGCCACGCAUUAUCGAAAUAUUCGGUAAAGAAACGAGAAAAUAUGUUAAGGUUUUCUCUGAAUCUUUUCCGGAAAAAAGAAAGUUGGCUGAAUUUCAUGAAAAAAUUAUCGUUCCUAAUGUAAUAAAACAUUUCGAAGAAAUUGGCGACGCCAAGGUAAACGAAUGGAUGGCUAAACGUUUCUGGGGUUUGCACGAGGUUAACCGCGCUUUUGAGGAAUGGCUCACAAGGGGAAAAAAUAAUUACGCGGACUGGACGCUUACAAAACUGGCUGAAGACAUGAGAGAUCCAAUAGAGAAGGCGUGGAAAAAUGGUGAUUUGGGGGCAUAUUCUCCCAAAUAUUGCGAACAUCACUUAUGUGCUAAAAAUCUCUGCAAUUUACAUGGAAGUUUGAAACUUGCAAAAUCGGAAACACAACACCAAGAGCUGUAAGAUGCCUAAAAGGAUAGACUAUAGUGUGGCUGUGGAGAUGUAAAUCGUUCAGAUAGAUUAUUUGCACUUUAUGAUAUAUUUCUCUAUCUUUUUUCCCAGUUCCAACUAAUAUAAGAGCCUCAAAGUUCAAUAAAUGUAUUUAAUUUACGCUGUUCUUCCUUCACGCCAAUCAGAAUCUUUCCCUUGUUUGUAUUCUGUGUUAUUAUUGGUGGAGGAAUUACUCCACUAUAUUGGAUGGCUAACUUUUGACAGUUUAUGUCACUGUUAACUCGUGAAUUUCCUUGCGCAAGUAAUGGCACCAUUGGCAUUUGAUGUUGUGCAAAUCCCUCGAUUUAUUAAAAAAGGGAAUUUUGGGAUCCGGCCCGCGGAGCAAUAUGAUCCGGCCCGCGACGCUUCACUGAAUUAUAUUAACAAAACAGCUGUAUUGACGAUUAUAUUCUUUACGUGACAG